AUGGCGGCCACGCUUACUUUACAGACGCCUGUAGUGGGCCCAGCAGCGCCAAGCGACCCAGCCAGCCGCACUUACACCGGCGCUCUUAUCAACAACAACACCACCAAAGCCGCCGAAAUCCUCAACAUCACCUCCUACCGCCGCGCAGACCGCGAACUCCCCGUCGCCUCCAUCCACCCCCGCCAACACGACGCAGUACGAGCCACCAUCUUCCGGCCCCUAACAACCCCAUCAUGCAACAACAACACCACCGCAGACUUCGACUUCGACCUCGGCGCCCUCGGCCACCUCCCCUUUGAGCUAAUCGCCAUGGUCUGCCGCGAGCUAGACGUCGCCUCGGCCCUGCGCUUCAGCCACGUCAACCGCACCGCCCGCGAGGUCCUCACCUCGGUGCGCGAGCUCCGCCACGUCGGCGCCCACGCCCUCGAUGCCCUCUGCGUGCUCCUUCGCACGGGGCUUGCCGUGCAUGUCCCUGUGCUCGAUGUUUAUGCCGCGCUGACGACGCGGGACUGCUCGCUGUGCGGGGCUGCAUUUGGCGGGUUUUUGUUUGCGCCGACCGCUACGCGGUGCUGUUUGACGUGUGUUGCGUCGUCGCCGGCUACGCGCGUGGCGCACCUAAGCCGGGUUGGGGAAGCAGCGGGGAUGUCGGCCGCGAGUCUUGAUGAUGCGGGCCGGUUACCGGUGUUGCAUAGCAAGAAGCGGAUUGUGGCUGUCCAGCACGCGCUGGCGCUGUUGGAGGGGCAGGGCAAGGACGCGGAGGAGGCGGAGGAGGUUGUCAGCCGGUGGCCGGACUCGUUGACGCUGCGGUUCCAAGCAGCGACUACGUUGCCGUACCUGGAGCGGACGGCAAGGGGAGAGGGCGCGGCCGAGGCGGGCGUGUCGUGUAAGGGGUGCCAGGUGGCGUUUGAGGCGGAUUUCUCGGACGACCACCUGGAGUUGCGGGAUCGGUCCUACUCCCGCGCGGAGUUUUUGGCGGAACACUUUGAGACGUGUGAGGCCGCGCAGAAGUUGUGGCGUGCCAGUCAGGAGGGGACGGCGCCCGUGCCGGAGCCGGCGUGGAUGGGCUUGGGCCGGACGUUUACGGCGCCGUGUGCGCGCCGGCCCACGCGCCCGCCCCCUAACCGGGGCCGACGAGGGAGGGACACGGAUUUGGAUUUGGAACGGGACGACGAAAACACAGAGCGGGCGGCCAUGGAUAAUAUCCCGCCCGCUCCGCGAUUGUCCCCGGCCUCCUGGCUCGGCGGGAACAACGACGGCGACGGCAAUGGGGACGAGGGAGACGAACUGCAGAACUGGUCCAGUCUGAUUGGUAUUGUCACAGCCAUCUGCGGCAACGUGCUCAUCGCGCUGGCGCUGAACGUCCAGCGCUAUGCACAUACCCGUCUGCAUCGUAAGAAAGCAUGGGCGAGGGCGCGUGCGCGGCUAGCGUUACGGGGGAGACACCAAAAUGGGGAUGGAUCUGGGAGUAGGAAUGGGAAUGGGAAUGGGGCCGGGCCGUACGGUGCUGGGUCGAAUGGGUACGGGAGCGGGGGAGGAAAUGGUACGGUUGGGCGGUACAGUGAUGAUACCGACGAUAGCGACGGCAGUAUUCGUGGAUCGUCCGAGACCGAUCCUUUAGCCCGGUCGCCCCGCGCGGGCAGCUACGACGGAUAUCGCGACGAGGACGAGGACGAGGACGACGACGACGACGAUGAGAAUCACGACGAUAGCCAUGACGGUAUAAACGGGCACGGGAACAGCAAAGACAAGCCCAAGGUCGCGUCAACGUACCUCCAGGACCCGUACUGGUGGCUGGGCCAGGUGCUGAUCACGGUCGGCGAGAUGGGCAACUUCCUGGCGUACGGGUUUGCGCCGGCGUCGAUCGUCAGUCCGCUCGGGGUGGUGGCGCUGGUGUCGAACUGCGUGAUCGCCCCGAUCUUCUUCAAGGAACGGUUCCGGCCGCGCGACUUCUGGGGGGUGAUUAUUGCCAUUGGCGGGGCCGUGACGGUCGUGCUGAGCGCCAAGACGGAGGAGACCAAGCUGGGGCCGCACGAGGUGUGGGGGGCUAUCACGACGAUGGAGUUUGAGAUUUACUUGGGGGUCAGCUGUGGGUUGAUUGUGUUGUUGCUGUGGCUCAGCCCGCGGUAUGGUAACCGGACGAUCUUGAUUGAUCUGGGGUUGGUGGGCUUAUUCGGCGGCUACACGGUCCUGUCGACCAAGGGCGUGUCCUCGAUGCUGUCAUCGACCCUAUUCGGCGCCUUCACCACGCCUGUUACGUACGUGCUGGUGUUCAUCCUGCUGUCGACGGCCAUCCUGCAGGUGCGCUACGUCAACAAGGCGCUGCAGCGCUUCGACUCGACGCAGGUGAUCCCCAUCCAGUUCGUGCUGUUCACGCUGUCCGUCAUCAUCGGCAGCGCCGUGCUAUACCGCGACUUCGAGCGCACCACCAAGGAGCAGGCGGCCAAGUUCGUCGGCGGCUGCCUGCUGACCUUCUUCGGCGUCUUCCUCAUCACCAGCGGCCGGCCGCGGCACGACGACGGCGACGGCGACGAGCCCGCUCUGAGUGAGGUCGAGGGCAUCGAGGAGACUAUCGGUCUUGCCAACCAGGACCGCGCGCCCCCGCCGACCCCGCCACGCCGGCGCAAUCCGCCCUCGCGCUCGGGGGGUUCGUCCCGGGCGUCGCGGGUCAGUUUCUCCGAUACCGUCCACGAGCACGACGGGUAUCCCACCCCGCGGUCUGCGCCUUCUGCGCCCCGUCGGCCCCUCAGCCACGGUCCCAACGAUGACGACAACGAUGACGACAACGAUGACAACGAAAGCGAGUACCACGACGACCACGACCACCCUGACGCGCCCCUGCUAUCCAACCCCUGGCAAGACACCCUUUCGACC